AUGGAAGAGUACCUACAGUAUAUGAAAACCUUACGCUCUCACAUGAACGUAAGGAAUUAUGUGGUGUCGUAUGUAAAAAAAUUAUAUGAUGAUGUAAUUGAAGACGUGGAGGAUCAGGCGGCGAAGACUUGCGUCGAAGAGCAAAUGCAGAUCACUACCAGUCAGACUCUGAAGAAAGAGAUUGAAUUAGCUAAAUCUGAAACAAAGCAACUUAAGGAGUAUUCCGACCUGAUGAUGAAGGCCAAGGGAGAGAUAUGUUCUAAGAUAUUAGAAAGACAGAGGAAAAUUGCUUUGUUGGAAAAUGAUUCUUCCACACUUUCACAGACAUUGGAGCUUAUUCAACAGGAAAGAGUCAACUUGUCAACCAAACUUGUUGAGAAGCGUACAUCCUAUGGCAAGACUGAAGAGGAGAUCAAUACCUCACUAAAAGAACAACAGGACUGGUUGACUUCGUACAAGCCUAGCUCAAUGGUUGGACAGCAUGGUUUGGUGAACAUACAAAUUGACAGCAGGGCUGCCGAAUCUGCAGGAAAUUAUGGUGCUAAAACCCUAGUCUCAAGUGGAAAUCUGGAUGAUGCAUAUACAAUGGCAAAGGUUGAUACUGCUAAAGCUAAGUUUGACACGCUGACACAAAUGAGAUUUGAGCUUGCUUCAGAGCGUCACAAGGUCAAGCAAUCUUUGGAGGAGCUGAAGUAUAGAAUGGAUAGUUUUAAGCCAGAACUAAGGGACAUGGCUAGUGAGACUCUUGAAGAGGAGCUCCAAGCUCUUAUGUCUGAUAAAUGUGGUGAAACCGAGUAUCAGGAAUCUUUGCAAAACCGAAUCGACACUAUUAAGGGAAUUUCGGACACGAUUAACUGUGUUUGUGGAGAGGAGUACAAAGUAGAAGUGGAUCUUUGCGUAUAAUAGAAACAUCUAAAUACGCUCGAAAAACUGCUGGUAAAUGUGAAUUCGUGCUAUACUUUGCUA